GUCAGUCGCCCGUGGAGUUCUGUGCUGGUCGGUCGGCCCGCCGCGGAGCGCUGUGUGACUCACCGGACUCGGCGGCGGCAGCGCGCACCCGGCGUGGGAACGUUCCGAGCACCGUGGGAAAAUGACGGGCGCCUACAGUUACCCGCAGCCGGGCGGGCGCGCAGAGGCCGCCUGGCCAGCGCCACCCGGCGCCGAGGGGCCCUACUCGCCGCCGGCGCCGCCACCGCACAACUUCUACGCGGAGGGCGAGGGCAGCCUGGCGGAUCUGGCCGCUGAUCUCAACCGGUCCGAAUCCGGCGCAUUUCCGGCCAGAUAUCCGGACACGACCCCCGUGGAUCUGAGCUCGCCGAGAGACAUGGCCUAUCGACGCGAUCCGUACAAAACGGAGGAGCUCAGUCUCAACAUACACGACGGCUGGGGAUCACACGACAACAAAUAUGACAAUGCGGCAUACCACAGGUACACGCCGGCCGGUACGCUGACACCUCCGGACGGCGCUGGGUACCCGGACCACCUGACGGGCCACCUCCCGCCGCCGGGCGGUCUGCUGGAGCUGCAGACCCCGCCCAGCCCGCUGCCGACGCCCAGUCCGCCCGUACCCUACCCGCUGCCUGUGAAGGAGCAGCGGCUGACGCGGGAGGCCAUGCGCCACUACCUGGAGGGCGGCCACAGUGACCAGGUGGUGGUCAUCCUGCACGCCAAGGUUGCUCAGAAGUCGUACGGUAACGAGAAGCGCUUCUUCUGCCCGCCGCCGUGCGUCUACCUGUACGGGGACGGCUGGCGGAGGCGGCGGGAGCAGAUGCUGGCCGGGGGAGAGUCCGAGCAGGGCGCCCAGCUGUGCGCCUUCAUCGGUAUCGGCAGCGCCGAGCAGGAGAUGCAGCAGCUCGACCUCAACGGGAAGCAUUUUUGCGCGGCAAAGACGCUGUUCAUUUCCGACUCAGACAAGCGGAAACAUUUUAUGCUCAGUACCAAGAUGUUCUAUGGAAAUGGCAUGGACAUCGGCAUGUUCCACAGCAAGAAGAUUAAAGUUAUAUCGAAACCCAGCAAGAAGAAACAGUCGCUGAAAAAUGCAGAACUGUGCAUUGCGAGCGGUUCGAAGAUCGCCUUGUUCAACCGGCUGCGCUCGCAGACAGUCAGCACACGGUACCUGCACGUGGAGAACGGCAACUUCCACGCCUCCUCGGCGCAGUGGGGCGCCUUCACCAUACACCUGGUGGACGAGUCGGAGUCAGAGUCGGAGGAGUUCACCGUCCGCGACGGCUACAUCCACUACGGCAGCACGGUGAAGCUGGUCUGCUCGGAGACGGGCAUGGCGCUGCCGCGACUCGUCAUCAGGAAAGUGGACAAGCAGAUGGCGCUGCUGGACGGCGACGACCCGGUCUCGCAACUGCACAAGGUGGCCUUCUACAUGAAGGACACAGAGCGCAUGUACCUGUGCCUCAGCCAGGAGCGCAUCAUUCAGUUCCAGGCCACGCCGUGUCCCAAGGAGCCCAACAAGCAGAUGGUGAACGACGGCGCGUGCUGGACCAUCAUCUCGACCAGCCGGGCCGAGUACAGCUUCCACGAAGGCAUGGGACCGGUGCGCGCGCCCGUCACGCCCGUGCCCAACGUCCACAGCCUGCACCUGAACGGCGGCGGCGAGGUGGCGAUGCUGGAGUUGUCGGGGGAGAACUUUGUGCCCAGUCUGCGCGUCUGGUUCGGCGAGGUGGAGGCGGAGACCAUGUUCCGCUGCGGCGAGUCGAUGCUGUGUGUGGUACCCGACAUCUCGGCGUUCAGAGGCAACUGGCAGUGGGUGCGGCAACCGACCAACGUGCCCAUCUGUCUGGUGCGCACGGACGGCGUCAUCUACUCCACGGGGCUGACGUUCACCUACACACCGGAGCCGGGCCCUCGGCAGCCCAUGGCCGGCGUGGCCGAGCUGAUGAGGCCCGCCCUGGCACCGCCCGAGCACACGACGAGCACAGCCUGUCUGUGAGAGCAGGUACCGGUGUCUGCGGGACUCACAGGGUGCCUGUGAGAGUGACUCUUUUCAGUGAGAACGACACUGCAUGUCCGUAAGUCACAAUCAGCUUGUGACUCGUUCGUGAGAGCCCGGAGCUGGUGGUCUGUGAGGGUCGUUGCCAGCACUGCAGUCAGACUCUCAGACAAGACUGUGAUAUGAUCCCCGCUCUCUACUGUCGGCUUUGCUGAGAUUGUCGGCGGGUGUGCCGUUCUACACUUAAGCUCAACGCGACGAUCAUCGAGUGGGUUGCAGCGACAGUGUUCAUUGAUGUCUGGUAUGAUACGGGUGCCGACCGGGUCGGUCUACUGCGGUCUCUCGGACCGUAACUCGCACACGGUGGCGCCUGGGAAGGCAUGGGGCGUACCUGAGGAUACCUGCGGCUGGGUAUCUGUGUGACAGAGGGCAUCAGCCGUCGGCCGUUUAUGUUGGGGACUGCGCGGAGCUAGUGAAUAGAUCGAUGGUGUCGGGUCGGUACCGGCAUCGAUCCCCGCCGGUCGGGAGACCGACUUCUGAGGCGUGCUCCGGUGACUAAUGAGAAAAGACAGCUAAAUACCAAAGUGCUGCGCGGUGCUGUCUGGUGGCGUCCCUCUUACGUACCUGCCGUAUCUGUCUGUGGAUGUGUUAUGAACUCGCCUUCUCUCAUCGGACCAAUUGACCGAGCGGCCGUGCCUGAUGACCGUUCAAGUUACGGCCCGGUGAUUGCAUGCUCGUGCCUAUUGUAUGGACCCAUUUCCUGUGUACAUAGCCUAGCCCGCGCGCGUGGGAAAGAGCAGCCGUCUGGGGUGAUACGUGAGAUGGAAUUCACUUCACACGGCUCACCACUAGAAAUGGGACGGUGCUCUCUAAUCCUAAAACUGCAGUUUCAUAGUGUAUUACUCUUGGGUGCGUUGUUUGAAUCCCUCAAAGGUUUAUUUUUAGUAAGUCAAAGUGAGUGGUCAUCGGUUGCUUGAAUGUUGUCUGUAUGUAUGUAGACCUGUAUGUAAUGUCCGCCGGUAGACGGCUAAAAAUGAAGUGUAAUGGCGGACUUUGGCAUAAUACAUAUAUUGUCACAUCCAUCUUCUCCAUUGGGCUUACCUACCUACCUAGCUGGUUUUCUUGCCUCCUGAGACCGGUUGGGUCGUGAAAGUGUCUGUUGUUUACAUGUGACGAUACGGUAUUUUUUUUUGCGUAGGUAGGUAAUAAUGUGUUUCUACUUGUCUGAACAGCUCACGUAUAUUGCAAAGUGCUCACGUAAGCAGCAGCGCAUAUCUUUGUCAAUGUUUUUACAUAGAGGAUCAUUGUUUGCGUCUUGUUUUCUGUAUUGCAUGAAAUAAAUGAUGCUCCAUGUUA